CCCUAUAAACGUUUUAAUCAGUCGGCAGUCCCAGUCCGAGUCAACGCCAAAAUUUCUGAGAAACAAGGCUGAGACAAGUUUAGUUUCAAUUUUGUGAAUUCCAUUCACUAUGUAUUGAUAUUUGACGAUCCGGCUUUUAACAUUGCUGAGAGCUAUCAUCAAGUGGUGGCAGUAGAAUCUCAAUCUCAUCGGUGUUAAAAAACGAAAAAUUGUGCUCAUUGGAGCAAGUUAUUUUCUGAUUCAUUCUUCGCACAUCCAGUGGGAGAAUGAGUGCACAACGGGGCAGAAGUUUAUCUAGCUUUUCUACCACAUCACCCAACCGUCAAGUUGCACCAUUUGCCAAUUGCCACGUUGUCCUGCAGAGGUUGGAUGAAAAGACAGUGAAUGAAAUCAAGAACAGGAAAUAUUGCAAGCUCUGCAAUCGUAGUCCAAGUGACCAAAUGCUCUAUGGCAAGAUGCACACUUUGAAUAAAUUAAAUGUCCAUUAUUACUGCUUGCUGUUUGCGUGUCACUUGGCCCAGAAAGGCGCCGACACCCAGGGUAUUUUUGGAUUCUUGGAGGCGGAUAUCAGGAAAGAGAUCAGAAGAGCCUCUAAAGAGAAAUGUAGCUACUGCCAUGAAGGAGGCGCAACAAUCGUCUGUGUCCAGAGAUUGUGUAAAAAGGUGUUCCAUUUUCCCUGUGGCGUGGAAAAUGGAUCUCAGCACAACUUUUACAACAAAUUCCAAUCGUUCUGCAAGCAACAUCGGCCUUUCGUAAGAAUCCCUGCCAUAUAUGCAAUUGACAUGGAGCCAGUGUUCUGUUCCAUUUGCAUGGAGGAGGCAAAAAAAGAUUUGAAAUGCAUGAAAACCCUGUGGGCACCUUGCUGCAAGAAGAACUCUUGGUUCCACAGACCUUGUGUUCAAAGAUAUGCCUUGAGCUCCGGAUACUUCUUCAAAUGUCCUAGAUGCAAUGACAAGGAUGAUUUCUGCAAAGCCAUGCUCCGCUAUGGAGUGUAUGUUCCUGAAAAGGAUGCUUCAUGGGAAACCGAGGGAAACCAAUUUGGUGCCCUGUAUGAGAGGUACAGCCAUUGUGACGCAGACAUGUGCCUCUGUCCGCAAGGACGAGACGAAGACAAUCACAGCCCAUGGAAAAUUGUUCUAUGUGGUGCGUGUGGUUCGCAAGGCAUCCACGUCGGCUGCACUCAGUUUAAAUCACCACUACGCAGAUGGUAUUGCAAGGGAUGCAAACCAAUCGUUGCAGCUUCCUCGAAUGGUGCAUGCUCCAGUGUCCAUCUUAAUUCCAUUGCCCACAAUUCAAAUCUCCCUGGUCCAUCAUCCCUAACCCAUAAUCCCUCACCACCAGCACCUCAGGAGGAGGCUGCAUCUGAUGCCGAAAGAAGACAAGCAGCUCUCCCCACCAGUCGCCCACAAGGUUAUUCCCAAUAUUCUACCGAACCGAUAGAAAUCAUGGAAUCGGACGAAGAGGUAGACGUCGAAAUUCUAGACGAGUCAAUAAACAUCCUGGAGGUAACAUCAGCAGGUCAGGCAGUGAGCCCAGCACGUCGUCCAAGCAUUUCUUACCCUAGACGAAAGCAUCAAUUCGCGAUCAUUGUUGAUGAGGAGUCUGAAGCAAUGGAUGAUACUGAUCUAGAAAUAUGUGAUGACGUCAUGAUAAUUUCUUGAAACCUAUAGAAGCACUCUGACACUAAAUUUUGUAUUCACUUGGAAUAUUUUUUCGAUUUGGAUAUUAAAAUUGUAUAUACUUCCAAGCUAGUUGAAUUGUUCAUGCAGAUUUUGUCUAUACUAUUUGCUACUCAAAAUAGUGUUGAUCUUGUUUUAAUUAAUGCUCAAAUUUUUCCAUUCCACCCUGGAGUAAUUGCAAUCAGGCUAAAUAGGACCAGUGUGGCGCUGCAACUCAUUCUGAUUUCUUAGAUUAUUUUUGUAGUGGGAAAUAUACAUCUUGCAAUCUCUAAGAAAUGUGGCUUGCUCGCACAACUUAUAAAUAAUUAAGAUUUCAGCAUAGCAUUACUAGAUACGCCUUCCUCAUUCCGAACGUUUCAAUAUCUCAAUAUAAGUUAGAGUCUUGAUUUUGAUGUUCUGAAGGAUGAGAGUUUUGACAUGUAUGACAUUUGUGUAUUAAAUAGGUAUAUUAAAGAUG